CGUUCUCCACAUGCCCUCACAAAGAAGCAUCUCAGAUCAAUCCCCGAAGCAAAGCUCUACAGCUUGGGUGCCAUACCGAAUCGGCUUCAAGAUGAAGCAUCCAAGGCUGCAACUACGGGCAGCGACACCCCACGGUUGAGAGACUUUGAUACUGAGUCCAUUAGCACAUUUGAAGCUCCCGAAGCAUCCCGCGACUCCGAAAGUAAAGUCCACGGCGUCUUUGAUACACGGUCCAUUAGCUCAACAUACCGCGGAUCUCAAGAUGCAGAAGAUCGAGGUGCGUUUAUUCUGCACAACAGACCACGCCUUUCCCACAGAGCUGAGCGAAGCUCCAGCGACAUGAUGAAUAUCGGCCCCGAGGUCAGUCAAGAUAUUGUCAAGAAAGUAAGCGACAGGCUUCAAAUGAUUCGACACUUGAGGGAACAUCUCCACUUCAUCGAUGGCAAAGGAAAGCAUAUCCCAGCGGCGAACGGGCUAUACCUGGUGGGUGACGAGGAUAUCCGCGACAUUGUGAGGAUUGUUUUGGAAGAAGGUGGGAAAAGAAAAUCAACGGUUGAGACGGAAAGGAAAAGUACCAAGGGUUCGGCUAGAAGUCGAUCUCUCCCAACUCUUGACGAGUCUUCAAACGCCUUCAUACCUCAAUCAGGAACAUUAGCAGAUCCUGCCACCACCAUCAGUCUGCCCAAGACAUCCUACACGAGCAUCAACUCGACAGACAUGAAAGUUCACACCAAGACUCGAGGGGCGGAUGCAGAUACCACAGCCACAGUGGUCUCGCGCCAGAGUGUUGCCGAGAUUACUUGGGCCCAGAGCUAUCCUCCAAACUACGAUGAAGCCUCGGGAAGCCAUGGUCGAGCCGCGUCAGAUUGCUUCUCCCCGACUCACGGUCCCUUACCUUCGUCCUUGGACGAUCGUCGACAGAGUCAUCCUUCAACGGCCAACAGCGACUUUAUCUUGCGGCAUUAUACCACUUCAAGGAGCACUGCCGAGAUUCUAGCAGACAUUAUGUGCAACAAGAGUUUCGAGAAGCAUCAGCGGAUAAGUCACGGCACAGUUAUCACGUCGUUCCCCAAGCUCUUGUCCCGCCACUGCACCAGUGACUGGCAAAGCCCACCUACUGACGCUGAAGACUUGAAUAAGCGUACCUCGUCCACUUUGUACCGUCGGGGUGUUGAUGCACACUGUGGAAAUGAAUCGACUAGUUCCUCUGGAUCUCAGGACCUACCCCUGAAGCCAGGCAAUACAGACCGCUCUCUGUUUGCCGAGAACCCCUUCUAUUCCAAGUCAGACUGUGAAGGCAUCGAUCCGUCCAGGUUGACAACAACUCUGGCGGCAGAAAAGAGGCUCAGCGCUUCGCUAGGGUUGGACUCCCAGAGGCGCCGCAGCACCCAGGUAGCUGGCGAUACAAACGAGACAACCGAACUUCACAGUAGAACGCGGCCCAGUUUAAUGGAGAGGAUCAGGCAAGGGAGUCACAGGCUUUUCCACCGACAUCAUUCUCGCAAGUCAAGUGAGGUACACGGUGCAGUCACAGAGGAACAAGAAACCCUGGCAAGCAGCGCGCCAAGGUCAAGGGACAGCAUUGUGGUCAAGAACACGCUGGAGCCACCGAGGCCGGACAAAACAGGGAUAUACGAGGCCUUGACGGGGGCCAGACUUAACUUGCAUCGCCAGAGGAAGAACACUUGCUCGGAGGAUAACCGGCCGCAUGUUUGUGAAGAUGAUUUCCUGACGCCAAGCCGAGCAGGCUCCCCAGCGUGA